AUGGGAAGCACCAUUAGUAUCGGCGAUAUCAGUGUAAAGAAAUAUUAUAAAAAAAAUAAAAACCGUACAAAUUUAUCAUUUUUGUCAUCUUCUUCAUCUUCUGAUGAUAAAUCUUUGUGUUCAUCUAAAAGUUCGGAUAGAAUCAAUGUUUAUAUAGAUGGCAGAAGAUAUCUUGAAAGUUCAAAAUAUUCUUUGCCGAAUGAUGACGAAGAGAUUGAUAGAAUGCACAUGCAACAUUAUAUAUCAAGAUUUAUUUGGCAAAAAAAUUUUUGUUCUCCUUUAGAUGAUUUGCUAAGAUACGGUGGCGCAAAAGUUUUAGAUGUUGGGUGCGGUGCCGGGACAUUUUUGCUUGAGAUGGGACAUGAUUAUCCCGAAUCAGAAUUCUUAGGAAUUGAUAUUUCGCCAAUGUAUCCAUCAGAAAUUAAACCUUCUAAUGUGAAAUUUGAACAAAUUGAUGUUCUAGAGGGUUUACCAUAUGAUGACAGCUCGUUUGAUUUCGUUGUUAUAAGAAAUAUGAUAACUGCUUUUUCUAUAGAUGAUUGGGAUUUUUGUAUACAAGAAUUAAUCAGAGUCACUAAACCAGAAUUUGAAAUACCUGCUUCAAAUAGAGGUCCAGUAGCGAAAAAAUUAUCAGAAGCAUCAAAAAGUAUAGAUAUAACUUAUUCAAAUAAACUCGAAGGUUUAUUUUCAUCUUGUAAUGAUUUAAUAAAUAUUAAUCACAAUAUUAAAUUACUUCCAAUGGGUACAUGGAAUGGUGAUGGGGUGGGUAAAAUCAUGGCGGAAGAUUUGGUUUUAUUGGCAAAAGCUUUUGAAUUUAUGAUGGAAGAUAAUGUGGACAAUAUGGUGAUUGGAAUGGGAAUAGAAGAAAUGUCAGAAGAGGAAAAAUUGCUUCAAAAACUGAUUAUGAAAAAAAAUGCAAAAAGUGAAAGUUCUUAUAUAGUCUUCAUAUUGCUUGCAGAUGUUGAACGUAUGAAAUAUAUAAUACAAAAAUAUACAAUGAUACAAUUAAGCAAAGUUGAAAAACAAUUAGAAUUGAUAUUAAAUAUGCCAGUGUAUUUACAAGAUUGUCAGACACAGAAUCAGUAUUUGCUAACAAAUGAUAUAAAUGAUCUAGAUAAUGAUGAAACUGAAGUGGUGGAAGAGGAAAAUAAUCAAGAUAUAGAUUUAUUAUCAAGUCAAUUGGAUCUUCAGAAAACAAUAUUUUGUUGUGCUAUAAGAAUGGUUCAUGAAAGCCAACUUCCUAAAAGUGAUGGAGAAAAUUAUUUUUUGGAUAGAAUGUCACCAAAUGAAAUAUAUUUAUUAAGAUAUUCUGAAAUCAAACAGUUAUUAUUAGAAGGUUACGUGGAACUUAUAUAA